CCACUCAUCAGUGAGAUCGGAUCUGCCCGCCGCGCAACAUGUUCCCGUCCCUCGCGCUGUGUCUCCUCCUGCCGCUGGCCUGGGCGCAGGGCCCGGCCCCCGGACCCCUCGACGUCGCGCAGCCCACCCCCGCCUGCCCGUCCAAGUGUGUGUGCUUCAGAACCACCGUCCGCUGCAUGUCCGUCGACCUCAGGGAUGUCCCCAGGGUCCCUGCCAAUACCACAAUCCUAGAUCUCAGGUUCAAUAGAAUAAGGGAAAUAGUUCCUGGAUCUUUAUCUCAUCUUAAAAACUUGAAUACAUUACUUCUUAAUAACAAUCAAUUAAGUCAGUUGGAUAAAGGUGUCUUUGAUGGUUUGUCUCAACUCAAAUACCUGUUUCUGUACAAAAAUAGAAUACAAUCUGUUCACCCCGAAGCAUUCAAGGACCUCUCAAAUUUGGAAUUCUUAUACUUGCAUUACAAUAGAAUUGAGUCGCUGCCCAAGGAUGUUUUCUCUGAUCUUGUCAAACUUGAACGGCUUUUCUUACAGAAUAACAAAAUCCAUCACUUGUCUUCAGAAGCUUUCAAGAAUUUGAAUGUAUUACAAAGACUGAGGCUUGAUGGAAAUGCUUUAGUCUGCGACUGUGAGAUCAUGUGGCUGUCUCACCUAUUGCGAGAGAAACAUAUGCAGUCAGUUCAUUUUGCUGCAACCUGUGACCAGCCAGAAGUGAUGCACGGGAAAAAUUUAUCAAGCAUCACUGAAGAUGACAUGCAUUGCAAGCCACCAGAACUGAUCAAAGAACCACAUGAUGUAGAAGUCUCCUUUGGGGGAUCUGCAUUCUUUACAUGCAAAGCUGAGGGAGAUCCUAAACCAGAAAUUGUGUGGAUGCGCGACAGCAAUGAAAUCGAUGCAGCAAAUCCUCACUACACUGUUACAAGUGAUGGUCUCCUGAUCGAACCUAUGUCUACAUCUGAUCUGGGAGUGUACGAGUGCAUGGCUAAAAAUCUAAUGGGAGAAAUUAAAUCAAAAGCAGCUAGGGUUAUCACUAAAAAAGAUAUUCACAAUGAGAAGCUGCAUCUUUUGCGUGCACCUAUCGACACGAACAUCAAAGAAGGUGAAUCUUUCACUCUUGAUUGUUUGACAUCCAGCAAACUAAAGGCAACUGUGCAGUGGAUUAAAGAUGGUCUACCAAUUUCGGAAAAUUCAAAUACUCAUAUUGAUCAAGAAAGUGGCUCUUUGACCAUUGAAAAUUCUCGAAGGAGUGACAGCGGUACCUAUACAUGUGUUUCAAUCAACUCUCAUGACAGACUCGAAUCAAAAGCUGUAGUCACGGUCAACACUCCUCCAUUUUUGAUCUCUUCCUCACCCAGUUCAAGGCUGAAAAGAGGGGAGACUGCAGAGCUACAUUGUUCUGUUGAUGGGUGGCCCACACCAACCGUCACAUGGUAUCACAAUGGUCAGUCUCUUGUUGCUGGACCUCGCAUAACAUUUUUAGAGGAAGGAUCCAAGUUUAUUUUACUCAUUGAGAGUCUUGUGGAGUCUGAUGCGGGGAUGUACACUUGCCUGGCACAGAACCAGUACGGCUCUCUAGAAACGAACAAAGAACUGAGAAUCAUCAAUCAUGGUCCAAGACCUCCUCGCAUUAUUGUUCGACCAUUUAACUUAGAUGCACCUCAGUUUUCCAGUAUCGAACUUCCGUGUAAAGCAGAAGGCGAGCCCCACCCAACAGUGCUGUGGACUAGGAAUAAUGCUCCGGUCAUCCAAGAUCCGUUUCACAGGAUCUCUGGAAGUGGCAGCCUGCGUAUUUAUAAUGUCUCUGCUGAGGAUGCUGGGAAUUAUGAGUGUGAAGCAUCUAAUGUACAUGGAAAAGAUACUGCAUCUUGUUCUGUCACAGUCAGCGGGGUCGAAAGUGCUUCAACAAAUGAUGGACUGAUCCAGCAAGCAUUUAACGAGGCAUCAGCAGAUGUAGACCGUGCGGUCUCUUCAACUUUAAACCAGUUAUUCUCUGAUUCACCCUCUGCAAGAUCUCCUGAUAUUCUAAUGAGGCUCACUCGAUUUCCUGACGCAAAUGCAAGAAGUAUAGCACGGGCUGCAGAUGUUUUUGAACGAACACUCUUUUACAUCAGAAAACAUGUAACCAGUGGCAGAAAAAUGAACAUCACGGACGACUUCAAGUAUGAAGAUGUUUUAUCUCCUGUUCAGGUUGAGCUGAUUGCCAACAUGUCUGGCUGCAUGACACACCAGGUAAAAACCAAUUGCUCUGAUCUAUGUUUCCACACUAAGUACAGAACCAUCGACGGAACAUGCAACAACCUCCAACAUCCUAUGUGGGGAGCUUCGCUCACAGGCUUCAGACGUCUCCAAAAACCAAUUUAUGAAAAUGGCUUCAGCACUCCAGUUGGUUGGACAAAGUCGAUCAAGUAUUUUGGGUUUGAGAAACCGUUGGCAAGAGUUGUUUCAAAUGAGAUAAUCAAAACGGAGGAUAUCACUCCAGAUAUCGAAAUAACGCACAUGGUAAUGCAAUGGGGUCAGUUUUUGGAUCACGACCUUGAUCAUGCCAUUCCAUCGACUAGUCUUGAGAGCUGGGAAGGAAUCGAUUGCAAGAAAUCUUGUGCCUAUGCUGCGCCCUGUUUCCCGAUGGACGUUCCAGAGCAUGACCCCAGGAUCAAGAACCGCCGAUGCAUGGACUUUAUUCGGAGCAGUGCCAUUUGUGGCUCAGGAAUGACAUCUGUGUUCUUUGGAGCAAUCCAGCCUAGAGAGCAAAUCAAUCAGCUCACAGCUUUUAUUGAUGGAUCGCAGGUAUAUGGCUUCACAAACCAAAGAGCAAAUGUACUGAGAGACCUCCGAAAUGAUGAUGGUUUAUUGAGAGAGGGAAUUAAAGCGCCGUAUGACAAACCCUUAUUACCCAUUGCUGGAGCUACAGAGGUUGAUUGCAGAAGAGAUUUAACCGAAGGCGAUGUUGGGUGCUUUUUAGCAGGAGAUAUCAGAGUCAAUGAGCAGGUUGGACUGAUUGCUAUGCACACAAUUUGGCUGCGAGAGCACAACAGAAUAGCACGAGUUUUCCAAACAUUAAAUCCAACAUGGGAUGGCGACACGAUUUUCCAUGAAACCCGCAAGCUAAUAGGUGCAGAGAUGCAACACAUUACUUAUGCACAUUGGUUACCUUACAUAGUGGGCGCUGAAGGUAUGAGGAUGCUUGGUGAAUAUUCUGGCUACGAUCCCAACGUUGAUCCUGGCAUCACCAAUGUUUUUGCUACAGCUGCGCUGAGGUUCGGCCACAGCCUGAUCAACCCAACUUUACGGAGGUUGAAUGAAAAUUUUACUUCUAUUCCUGAGGGUGACUUAAGCUUGGGCAAAGCCUUUUUUGCUCCAUGGCGCAUUGUCAAAGAGGGUGGUGUAGAUCCCUUGAUGCGUGGAUUUUUCAUGACUCCAGCCAAACGGAAAAUGCCAAACCAGAACUUGAAUACACAACUGACAGAGCAUCUUUUCACCUCCUUCCAUGCGGUGGCACUAGAUUUGGCUGCAAUGAAUGUUCAGCGCUCAAGGGAUCACGGAAUCCCCGGUUACAAUGAGUGGAGGAAGUUUUGCAAUCUCAGCGAUGCUCAAACCUUUGACGAUCUCAGGAAGGAAAUUUCAAGUUCUUUAGUCAGAGAAAAAUUGAAGAAGCUGUAUGGGCAUCCAGGUAACAUUGAUGUUUGGGUUGGCGGUAUUCUAGAGGAUCAACUGCCAGGUGCAAGGGUUGGACCUCUAUUCAGAUGUAUUUUAAUUGAACAAUUCAGGCGUAUUCGGGAUGGAGACAGGUUUUGGUAUGAAAAUCCAUCUGCUUUCAAACCUAGUCAGCUCACCCAAAUCAAACAAACCAGUUUAGCCAGAAUCUUGUGUGACAAUGGUGAUAAUAUCAAUAAAAUUACCAAAGAUGCCUUUUUAUUACCAUCACUACAAAAAUCCUCCAUUGUUUCUUGCUCUGAAAUUCCGUCUGUUGACCUGAGAUUUUGGUUUGACUCCACUGAAGGCUGUCAUUUUGUCAAUGAUGAAGAAGAUGAGGACCCUAGAAUCAAUGAAGUUUCAAAUGAAAUCAGCAAUAACGCAACAGAAGCUCGGUUAGAAGGCCUUGAGUCCGUUAUUCAAGACCUCCAGAAAACGGUCAAGCAGCUGAAAAGAAGGAUGAAAUCUUUCAGCCACCUUCCGAAUGAAGACUAUUGUCGUGAUCAUAAUGGUGGCAUUCGAUCGGUUGGGGAUCGAUGGAGCAAAGACCGGUGCACCAGCUGCGAGUGUCAAAGGGAAUCACAAGUGACAUGUACAACACUAGUCUGCCCCCAUCUUACAUGCAGUUCUCAAAGGAGACCGGAAAAUGAGUGCUGUCCAAUCUGUGUUUAGUCAAUUAUCUUCUAGAACUUCCUGAUCUCUGGCAUUUCUUUGCAGUGCUGUCCAUCGCUCGGUCAAAGAAGCUGACAUUUACUGUGAGUUACCCCUCAAUCCUUUGAUAGAAAGAGGCUUUCAUCAACAAGAUCAGAUGAGAAGCUCCUGAUGAGAACUUCAAUUUUUUCACUAAAAAAAACUGGAAGAAAAAAAUCUGUUCGUAGAGUAUAUGAAAGAGGAGAAGUUGGAAAAAUGCGCCAUUAAGAUUUUCCCGCUGUAAAUAUGUUGAUAUGAUACAUUGUAUUUGUAGGAAAGGUACUCAAAGGAAAAUAUAAAUUUGGACCUUUUUCUUGUUUCAAAAGAAAGCAUAGACUUGAGCCGAAGUGUUGGCAUACUCUUGAAGUAUUUGAAGUGACAAGUAAUAGUGAAGUUCCUCUCUGCCGCUUUGAAUUUCCCUCCUGUAAAACGCACUGAGGUUUUCAUUCUCUAGUUUUCCUAAUUAUUCAGUUUUGACAAUGUUUGAGAGUCAAUUUUCAGGUGUGAAUGUGACAGGAGGGGUUAAUGCAUUUGACUGUUUUCAUAGUUUACCAACACUUUGGCUCAAGUGUAUGUCAUAUUUUUCCAUCAGCUCUCUAGAGUACACUUAAGCUAGGUAAUUGUUUGAUGGAUCAUGCACAAUUAUGUAUCAUAUCCAACUGUAAGUGACUUAUCAUAAGCGCAGCACUCAGUGAAAAGGAACCAUGUAAACCUUCAAAAAAUUUAGUUCAAGAUAGUUUUGAGCUGGUUUAAAUGUACACUUUCUCCUUCAAAAAAUUUAAAGUAAGGAAUGAAUUAGUGCAGAGUGAUUGACCUUGAGUCAGAUGAAGGAUUGAAACUUUAAGUCUGUUUUUCUUUGUUUCUAGUCCAAUUGUUUGGUUCCUCUUUGUUGAACAUCGUAACAUUGUCCUAAGAAACCAAAAUAUUUUAGGAAAGCUACUCAUUGUCCUGUCAUGCUAAGCAAGAACUAUAUAGUUCCUUUCCAGAUUUUGUUUCUUUUUUAGAUAGAAGGACGGACAGACAUUCUUUUCAUCAAAAGAACAUGCACCUUUUUUAUUAUUUCAGGAUAUGUACUGCAUAGCCUACAUAUCCUGAAAUUCAUAACAAAUUAUGUAGGUUUGGAAGUUGUUGUUCAAGGGUUAUAUGUUCGAGGUAAUUUUGCAAAAUCUGAAAUGGAGUGCCGGCCUAGCCCAUUUGUAUUGUAGUUUUUCAUGAUCAGUUGAAAGCUGUGGAUUUCUGACCCUAGUUUCUUGCUGAAAAUGUCAUCACGAAAGUAAAAUAGAGAAAAUCGAGAUAUCUCAGCUGGUUUAUGCGCAUGAUAGUCAUGCCUAAUACAUUGAUCUGUUUAGCCAUACCUAGACGAGGUGUGACCAUGGAACUUUCAUAGAUACCUAAGUAUAUUUGUUGAUGUGUAAUUCAGAGUCAGAAGAAUGGCAAAUGCUUUUAAAAUGUAUAAAAUAUUAAAAAUAAGGAAAAUCACCUUUAGUUGUCUGCCUUUUUUUUAGUUCUCAAUAAAAAACGUUUCAUGGCUUGCUUGAAUCUUGAUAAAUUUGGAAGGGAUGUGUUGUACUAGAAAUAUGUGUGUGUAUAUUUUUCUGCUUUGUGGAAAAAAA